CUGCUCUCGCCGCCGGAGCUCCCCCGUCCCGAUAUCAGCCCACAACCACAGCGCCGCCGUCUGGCGAUCCGAAGCUUCAUAUACUGCACGCCGGAUCGCAAAGAUCGAAUGCUACAGCAGUCAAGGAAAUGAACACAAUUCCAAGACUUUGUUUCUCCAUACUCAGAAAACCUCUGCUAAACCCCGCCUCCUCUCAGACGGUUCUCCGCCGUCUCUCCGGAAAAACCGGCGACGACGAGUGGAAUGUCGCGUGGGAAGCCGCCUGGCUGCCGGAAGAUCUCUCGGGCAAGAACCGAGCUCCGUGGGAGACCGACGUCAACUUCUCGCUUCCGAACGACACCUCCUCCAGUGAUUCCCAAGCUCUUCUCCCGUUGGAUGCUGACGCCGAAACUAGGGCAUUCGUGGAGGACAUGAACGACAAUUGGGAUCAGAGAAAGGGGAAAAGUCCGAAAAAAAGUUCAAACGCUGAUGAUGUUGCAGCUAAGAAAGCUGAAGAUGAGACUUCACUUUACAGUUUGGAGAACAUUAGGAAGGAUAUAGGGUUAAGAAACAGAGAAUACAUGCUGGCCUGUGGGUGAAGGAGAUUGAGAGGAUGGAGGAAGCUAAGCUUGGAGGUGAUUCAGGCGAUGCUGACGAUAUCCAAAAGUUGCUGGAUAGUGCCUCGGAUCCAGGAUAUUCGACUUCCCCAAUGAUGACUUGAAAAGGAACAAUCAUUUACAAGUUUCUGGUUCUGAUAUGAAAAACAAGCCGGAUGGCUGGGAAACAACAUCAAAGAGUCUGGAUGGGAACAUCUGGGAGAUGUCACAGAGAGAAGAAGAUCUUUUGCUUCAAGAAUUUGAGCGCAGAAUCGCGUUCAACAAGUUCCAGAUAGCGAGUUUUAUAAAGACGCAUAUAUUCAGUCGGAGGAGGCCAAUCGAUGGGUGGAAGUACAUGAUAGAGGAGAUUGGACCAAAUGCAAGGAAAGGAGGGAAAGGGAGUGUUGCCAGGUUACCCACUUUAGCUGAUGCAUCCACACAGCCCUUUCACCAAGAGGAGACAACAAUACAUAAAGCUGAUGUCAAUAA